CUGUGCGCCUGGUCCUGCAUGGGCUGCUGCCUCCAGCGCGCCGGGGUGCGCCUGCCGCGGGCCGGGGCGCUGCUGGCCGCCGGCUGCGCCGGGGAGGCGCUCGCGCAGCUGGCGCUGGGCGUCGGGGACGCUCGCUCGCCGUCGCUGCCCGCCGCGGGGGUGGCGCUCGGCUGCCUGGCGGCCGCGACAUGGCUGGUGCCGAGGCUGCGGCCGCGCGACCUCAUGGUCGCCGCGACUAGCGCCGUCCGGACGGUGGCCCUGGUCUCCCUGGAGCGCUUCAAGGUCGCCUGGAGACCUCACCUGGCGCGCUGGGCCGGCGCGCUGGGGCUGCUGCUGGCCAGGUACUUGGAGCGGAUCUUGCCGCAGUGCUCGGGGGCCGCCCCGAGGGAGCGUUCGGGGUCCCCGCGCGACGCCGGGGCCCGGGAGGAGAGCCCGGUGGUGCUGAAGCGGCGGCGGCGGUCCAGCUCCGUGGUGUCCGCCGAGAUGUCGGGCUGCGGCGGCAAGUCCCACCGGAGGACGUCCCUGCCCUGCAUCCCCCGGGAACAGCUCAUGGGGCAUUCAGAUUGGGACCACAAACGGGGUCCGAGAGGAUCACAGUCUUCAGGCACCAGCAUCACCGUGGACAUCGCAGUGAUGGGCGAGGCUCACGGCCUCAUCACGGACCUCCUGGCGGACCCUUCCCUGCCCCCCAACGUGUGCACAUCCUUGAGGGCCGUGAGCAACCUGCUCAGCACCCAACUCACUUUCACGGCCCUGCACAAGCCCAGAGUGAACCCCGUCGUCUCCUUCAGUGAAACCUACACCUGUUCUGACUCCGAAGAGACCGAAAAGGACAAGCUGGCUAUUCCCAAGCGCCUGAGAAGGACUUUGCCCCCAGGAUUACUGAGACGAGUUUCCUCAACUUGGACCACCACCACGUCUGCCACAGGUCUGCCCACCUUGGAGCCUGCCCCAGUGCGGAGGGACCGCAGUGCCAGUAUCAAACUGCAUGAGGCGCCUUCAUCCAGUGCUCUAAGUUCAGAUUCUUGGAAUAACCCAGUGAUGAAUACCCUCACCAAAAGCAGAUCCUUCACUUCAUCCUAUUCCCUUUCGGCAGCUAACCAUGUAAAGGCUAAAAAGCAGAAUCGGCCGGGUGCCCUCGUGAAAAUUUCGCCUCUUUCCUCCCCCUCCUCCUCGCCUCUGCAAGGGACACCGGCCAGUAGCCCGGUCAGCAAAAUUUCGGCAGUGCAGUUUCCAGAAUCUGCAGACACAACUGCCAAAGGAGGCCUGGGCUCCCACAGAGCCUUGACUUACACUCAGAGCGCCCCAGACCUGCUGCCCCCGCUCCUGACGCCACCUGCAUUAUGUAGCAGCUGUGGCAGACCCUACUCCCAAGAGAGUCCUGCGGACGAGCCCCUGGAGAGAAGCACUACAGCAAUCCGGGCUCCAAGCAGAACAGAUGACACAGCGCAAGUUACCUCUGACUAUGAAACCAACAACAACAGCGAUAGCAGUGAUAUCGUACAGAAUGAAGACGAGGCCGAGUGCGCCAGAGAGCCCCUGAGGAAAGCAUCUCCCUGCAGUUCCUACACACCUGAGACCAUGAUGUUCCUAGAUAAACCAAUUCUUGCACCCGAACCUCUUGUCAUGGAUAACUUGGACUCAAUUAUGGAACAACUAAAUACUUGGAAUUUUCCCAUUUUUGAUUUGGUGGAAAAAAUAGGGAAAAAAUGUGGUCGUAUUCUUAGUCAGGUGUCAUACAGACUUUUUGAAGACAUGGGCCUCUUCGAAGCCUUUAAAAUUCCAGUUAGGGAGUUUAUGAAUUAUUUUCAUGCUUUGGAGAUCGGAUACAGGGAAAUUCCUUAUCAUAACAGAAUUCAUGCCACUGACGUCUUACAUGCUGUUUGGUAUCUGACAACACAACCAAUUCCAGGCCUCUCGACUGUGAUUAAUGAUCAUGGGUCCGCGAGCGAUUCAGAUUCUGACAGUGGAUUUACACAUGGACAUAUGGGAUAUGUAUUUUCCAAAAUGUAUAACAUGCCGGAUGAUAAAUAUGGCUGUUUGUCAGGAAAUAUCCCCGCCUUAGAGCUCAUGGCCCUGUAUGUGGCCGCAGCAAUGCAUGACUAUGAUCACCCCGGGAGGACCAAUGCGUUCCUGGUGGCGACUAGUGCACCUCAGGCUGUGCUUUAUAACGAUCGCUCUGUUUUGGAGAACCAUCACGCAGCUGCUGCAUGGAAUCUUUUCAUGUCCAGGCCAGAGUAUAACUUCUUAGUUAACCUCGACCAUGUGGAAUUUAAGCAUUUUCGUUUCCUUGUCAUAGAAGCAAUUUUGGCCACAGACCUGAAGAAACACUUUGACUUCGUAGCCAAAUUUAAUGCCAAGGUGAAUGAUGAUGUUGGCAUAGAUUGGACCAAUGAAAAUGAUCGUCUGCUGGUUUGUCAAAUGUGCAUAAAAUUGGCAGAUAUCAAUGGGCCGGCAAAAUGUAAAGAACUCCACCUUCAGUGGACAGAGGGCAUUGUCAAUGAAUUUUAUGAGCAGGGUGAUGAAGAGGCCAGCCUUGGGUUGCCCAUCAGCCCUUUCAUGGACCGCUCUGCCCCGCAAUUGGCCAACCUUCAGGAAUCCUUCAUCUCUCACAUCGUGGGGCCUCUCUGCAACUCCUACGAUUCGGCAGGACUCAUGCCUGGGAGAUGGGGGGAAGAAGGUGAUGAGUCGGGAGAUACCGAUGACCCUGAAGAAGAGGAAGAAGAGGAAGCAACAGCUCCCAGUGAAGAGGAAGCCUGUGAAAACAAUGACUCCCCAAAAAAGAAAACUUUCAAGAGGAGGAAAAUCUACUGCCAGAUAACCCAGCACCUCCUACAGAACCACAAGAUGUGGAAGAAAAUCAUGGAAGAGGAGCAGCGGAUGGCGAACCCCGAGAAUCAGGCGCUGGACCAAUCCCCUCAGCAGCACGCCUCGGAGCAGAUCCAGGCCAUCAGGGAGGAGGAGGAGGAAAAAGGGAAGCCUCGAGGGGAGGAGAGCCCGAGCCCAGAGCCGCAGCCCUGAGGGCGGACAGGACGAGCUGUGUGAGGGGGGGUGCUCCCACCCACUCUUUCGAAGCCAGCACAUGCUUAGACACGACACUGUAGAA